ACCAUCCAUGUAUGUGGCCUCUCAAGAUCCCUGUUCUUCCACAUUCCAUCGCUCGCUCUUCCCACCAAACCCCUGAUUCGAGAAAGCUCGGGCCAAAGAGGGAAGGAGAAUAAGCUUGAAAUGAAAUGGGUUUCGUUGUUAAUCUCAUAGACCUCACUCUGUUCCUCUUCUUCCUUGUUAUAGCGCUCGCAGCUCCACUUAUCGACGCCCAAACCCUCCUUCCUCACACUUACUUCCCACGUUUCUUUGUCGACCUCAAGAAUUGGUACAGCAGCGAGUAUGGCGACUUUCUUGUGGCCGAGAAGCCCCAUUUUUUUGUCGGGCUCGUUUGGCUUGAGCUGCUCUUUCAGUGGCCGCUUGCUCUUCUCAAUCUUUAUGGGAUUUUGGCUGCAAAGCCUUGGUUUGGUACCACUUGCUUGAUCUAUGGUGUCUCUUCGUCUACUUCCAUGAUUGACACUCGUCUUGUUUUGGGAGGAUCAGAAUCAAUAUAAAACGCAGGGGAAAACAAUUACCAGUAGUUAUUUGGUAUCAAAAGAUUAGUGCGACAUAUUUGUUGUUCUCUGUUUGCGCCAUCGGGUGA